UUGAGGAUUUUACACCAAUGAUCGAUCUCUGAAUCAUCGAUUAGAAAAUUGUGCGCUAAUUAAUGACAACUUUCUGCUUUUGCUGAGGAUGUAAUCCUCAUUGUUGAAUGAUGUGUAUUUUUGUUGUUGAAAAUCAGACCCAGAUGAGAAAUAUAUACGGGUGAAAAGGGUUGUUCAGGGAUGUUUCGCCGUCUCCGAUUAACUUAAUUCUUAAACCACGCACAUAUCUCCCCCAAAAACUAAAUACACCGAGCGUAUUGAAAUAUGACGGGGUAGUUGAAUACCCCAUCAUAUUUCACUACGUGUCAAGAUACAUGCGUGUAAAACCUUAAUUGAUCGAUUGUUGUCUGUAGUUUUUUAACUUUGUUUGGGAAAUAAUCUAGCAGUUUAUCUGCCCAAACUUUUGUCUGUUUCUCGAUCGCUCAACGAAAAGAGAAAAAUCAGUUUUUAAGAAACUCGACAAAUGUGAAAGUCACGGGGAUAGAUUCUCACCCCAUGUGUGUAAUUUGAUCGACCGAUUGCUUCGAUUGUCAAUGGGUUUUGACCAAUCACGCGGUUGACGCGAAACCGAUCCCAAAAACGCUCUCAAAGCCGAAACGAGAUAAGCGCAUUGAUUUUCACAUUGACAAUUUUAAAGGCGACACACUAGGAUGCUCGACGAAAAUGCGAAUGAAGAAGCGACCCAGCAUCAAGGCAGAUACAAAGAAUCUCUGCACGCAUCUAAACACACGCCGCAGGAAGAAAAGUUUGACAAGUUUCCUGACAUAGGAGGAUAUUAUUUCUAUUCGCACGAUAUAAAUGAACUGGACAAAAGUAGUUUGGGUCUUCAGUAUGGUGUGAGUUGCCAUCACUCUUCUAACGUUCCCAGCAAUGGGCUGCACAUAUUUGAUGUCGCGCCACAAUGGGCGCUGCCAAACAGUUUCAUGCAGUGGAUUGAUCUGCAAGCAUUGGUAGCACACAACAAUACCGUGCAAAAUUUAUAUGACUUGCAUCACAAAGAGACGUCUAUCACGGAAUCGAAGAAUCCGAAUAAACACACAAAUUUGUCAGAAACGGCACGACACGACGAUGAGAGGAUAGUGCUGAAUUCCGAUGUGCUGAUUCCACGUACAGUUGAUGUGUCAUUAUUCGCGGAGACGAGGAAGGUGGUACAGAAGGAUAGGCUGGAUAAUUGUCGGAAGGAAUUUGUGACCGAACUCGGCUCAGUGAACAGCGAUAACAAGGCCUGUCCCUUUGCAAGAGACAAAGUCCAAGAUUUUUCUAACCUGCAAAAAAUUCUUGGUCACGAGACGGAUAUCGCUUGCGCGUCGGAGGAUUCGACUGACACGCGGAGUAGCAUCGCAAGACCGAUAGUCGCGUCGAGUGGUGUUGAAUGCAACAAGGAAACUUGCGAUCCCGAUUGUAACAGCUCUGUGGCGAGUAACAAUGAGCCGCUCAAUUUGGUGGUAGACUCGAAGGAAAGCGCGCGACGUGACGAUCGUACGAAAGAUCGAGUCUGCGGUUCAUAUCAGUAUACGUCGGUUGUCGAUAAAGGGACACUUUCAGUGGACGGUGCCAUUUUAAGACAAAUAGAUCAUUCCCCUAACGUACAGAGUUACAACGCAAAGUACAAGAAUAUAGAUUACGGUUUGUUGAAACUUUCCGACUUAGAGUUGUCAUGUAAUUCGGACAGGAGUAAAGAGUUGUUCAAGUCCAUCAGUAAACUGAAUGCCGAUAGCGAGGUAAACGGGAAGACUGUGACGAACGGUGAUUUCAAGCCAGAGAGAGUGCAUAUUUUGGAUAAUUACGUCACGCACAUAUUGCCGCCACAUUCAAGUGACAGCAAACCGAAAGAGUCGUCCUGGACGCAUUUACAGUCGAAUGUUAAAUGUAAUAGCAUCAAGAAGGAGUGCUGCACCGAGGAAGAAGCACACAAGUCGGAAAACACUGAUCUGGUUGCUGCCUGCAACUCAGCAUUAGGCAAUUGGGCGUGUUUCGAAAUGUCAGGGCAGUAUCCGGGUCAUAGCCGACCACCGGUUGGCACACCUCCACCGCAAACAGUCUGGAAUCAUCUCACCAUGGCGCAGGGCCAAGCUCUCAAUAUUCAUCCGACCGCGCUGCCCGGCGCCACGCUAAGCAGCGGAUUCUACACGCAUCCAUCCAUGGCGCGACCGUCCCAUCUUCCAUCACAACUUACUCCACAACUCGCGCACACGCAAGCACCGCCGACGUGGCACACGCCUACACUUCCCUCAAAGAGUGUCACGCAAGCAAACACGCCGGGCAACCCGUUGUUCAACUUACAACUGUUGGUGGAUAAUCGGCCGAGUCAGAAUCAGUACAGAGGCUCGCCCGGCUCGCAGAGCACGCUGGAUCUCUCGUCAACGUCGGACAUCAUUCCAGAGAAUUACUCCCGAAUAUCUCAGGAUAUUCCCAUCAGCUUGACCGCGAGGAACGUGGACAAGGGCAGUCGAAACGGGAACAUAAUCUCACCUCCGAUUCCGCUAAAUGGAGAGACCUCGUCCGACAGCGGAAUCAGUUCGUCCGUACCGACGCCAAACUCCGUCAGCGAGCCGGUCUCGCUAUCAACGAAGGAGGUUACCACUCCUAAGAUAACAGUGAAAAACUUUGAGAGCAAUCUGAAAGGAGUCGCGAAUCUUCACGAUAAGAUUAAGGAAAUAAAUGUAGAUAAUUUUACACAGAAAGUGAUAAAUUUGCCGCCUAGUGUGACGAUAGAGAGGGUGGUCGCAGAUAAGAAAGAACCCGAAGCGAAAGUUAAGGACACGUUGAGUGUUAUCGCGCAAGUGCCAAGGACCACCACCUUACCUGUUAUAGUUAAUCUAACAUCUAAGGAGAAGGACGUCACGGAUAGUCCUAAGAGAGAAUCCUCGUCCGAGAGGGACAGGAAGCACGAGGAGACGAGCGUGAGGUCGCCCAAGAACCUGCCGAAGAGGGGCAAGAAGGGCGUCGAUUCUCUGUUAGAGAAACUGGAAGGUGGGAAUAAAAAGCUCGGGAGUGCCGAGAACAUCGGUUCGGUGAUCGUGAUGCCGGUGGAGGAGAAGGACACGUCCAGUGUUAAAAGUAUGUCGCCGGAGAGGCAGAAAUCGAAGUCGCCGACUCGGGAGGACGAGGUCGUGUCACCGGCCUUCAGCAACGACGACUCGAACGACAAUACCAAGCAGCGUAGGAAAAGAAAAUUGGAGAAACCCGUGAGGUUGAGCAAAGAUUCAAAAACGGAGGUCGAGGAUAUGGAACUGGAGCCUACGGAACCCUCGGAACCGCGGAUCAUCGACCGGGUAUCGGAGGAGAGUACAGUUGGUACCGUGCCAACGACCGAGGAGCAAGUUGAGGCGGAGGAGAAGAUCGCUGAACCAGCGGAUGAGAGAAUAUCGGAAAAACCGACGACAGAGGAGAAUUUGGAAGAACAAUCAGAAGAAAAUCAACCGAUCAGGAGGCUAAGCAACAGCGAAGACACCACAGCCGGUAACUCGACGCCAAAUCAAAGGGUACGGAGAAAAUCAAACGACGACGCGUCGUCGUUCGAGUUUUCAAAGGUGACAAGCCCGAAGAACGCUAACGACACAAAGACGUCGACGACAACGUCAACGAUCGCGGCACCACAUUCCUUCGCGGAAGUGGAAACGGAAUUGGAGAAAAUGUUCGCCGGGAUUGUGGAGGCGGACUCGAAUGUAAAAAGCGAGGAAUCGAAGACGGAACUCGCGAGCGCGGAGAUUCAGGGCAAUAACGUCGCGAAAAUCAACAGUCUUGAGAAUAAUCUUUUGCUAGCGUCAAACGAAUCGCAAAACAACACUCAGACCAAUCCUAUUGACGUUUCCUCUACGGUGGACGCAAAGGUACCGGGGAAGAAAGGCAAAAGGGGCAAGCAGAGCAGCAAAAGAAAAAUCUCUAGAUCGUCGGAAAAUAUUUUCGGCACGGGCGAUUCUCCGCAGAAGGAGAUAAAGAAGAGACGGACGUUGAAAGGCUCAAAGAAGCAAGAUCAGACUUUGAAGAAGGCGAAGAAGAACACCAAAGUCGACGGUCUCAGAGAAAUGACGUACGAUUCUGGCUCGAACGCGAGUUCGAUCCGAUCGCGCGGUCCGGUAGUUCACGUGGAAGGGCCGCGGGACAGUCCGUUGAGCAUUCAGGUGGUGAAUGCGCCGCGGGAAGAGGAGGAGGAGAAAAGCAAAGAGAAGAGGAAGAGCAUUGGCAACGGAAACACAAGCCGAAGUAAGAAGCUCAGUCAUCAAAACGAUUUGGAUUAUAAAGGCAAGGUCAAUAAAGCGGGUCUCUUCAGUUCCACGCUGUCGUCGCGAUAUGACGCACAUACCACGGACUCAACCUGGGUUUGCGUCUUCUGCAAACAAGGACCCCAUUCCGUUAUACCCGGAGACCCGUCCAGACCGCAUCCGUAUCUAGACGGGCCGCACAUUGCAGCCGGAACAUAUACAGUUCCGGCCGGUGUGCUGAGCGACUUAUUCGGGCCGUACUUGAUCGGCAAGGAACGAUUAGAGGAUGGCAUUCUAUCGGCUGACGAGCAAGAAAUUAUGACGGAACAGAAGAAGGGCGGCAAAAACAAGAGGAGCCUGAGACACGCCGGUCUGGCCGACCAGUUCUCCGCGAAGAUGGGCAAGAAGAAGCGGAACUCCGUCGAAAGUAAUACAAACGCCAUGUUUGCGGGCAUGACUCUGAUUCAUGGCGUAGAGGAGCAACGAUGGGAAGUGUGGCUGCAUGAGCAGUGCGCCGUGUGGGCGGCCGGAGUUUACAUGGCGGGUGGUCGAGUGACGGGGUUGCAAGAAGCAGUGUGGGACGCCGCCAAGUCGAUAUGCAACUCCUGCGGCCUAACGGGCGCGAACAUCGGCUGCGUGAAACGCGGCUGCAAGGCUGUUACGCAUUAUCCGUGCGCGCUGACGAAAGGUUGGCACCUCGACACAAAUCAGUACAUACCUAAGUGUAACCUUCAUCGAGUUACGUGAAACUCCGGUGAGUUCUCCUGUGUGAAAGAGAGAGCGUAGGCUAAUGUGAAAACAUAGAUCGUAUUCACAUUAAAUAUAUCACAUUGAGAUCCGGCUUUAAUUAGAGAUGCACCGAAUAAUCGGCAAUAAUAUAUAAGAGACUAAUAAGUAUAUAUAUAUAUAUAUGU